AUGGCGCUUCGCAUGCUUUCCAUGGAUUUUGACACACUCGGCACAUCCAACAGCCACUUUCGUAUCUUGGCAAACACACUCGUCAAAUAUGUCGUCAUUACCCCCGGAGCCAUGGAUGCCUCGUCCCUAGACGACAUGCCCCUGAACUUUGUGAAUAUCCUCUCGCCCCUGCCAUACGACGAUGAUGGUUGGACAACGGCGUAUAUAUCUCGCGACUCCUCCAGCGGCGAGCUGGUCACAUCGUUGUCGGCCUCGCAGCUCAACGGCGUCACGGACCUUUGGCACCCCAACACCAUUGACUUUCGCCAACUACAGCUUCUGAAACCUCUCACAGCCCUGGUCGACGAGUGCGAAUGGGCCACUCUGGAACCGAAUCCUCACGGGCAAAAUACGACCAUGAUUGCCAAGAUGGCCCGGUUUAGCUGGGAAGUCGCCUACAUUGAGCGCGAAACAAGAAUAUACGCCCUGCUCGAGGGUACCGGGAUCGCGCCUCGCUUCCUCGGACACAUCCACGAGCAGGGGCGCACCAUGGGCCUUUUGCUGGAGAAAGUGGCCGGACGACAUGCCGGCAUCGACGACUUGUCGAUUUGUGCCGCGGCUCUUGGGCGCCUGCAUGCGCUGGGUAUAUCCCACGGAGACUGUAGCCGGUACAACUUUAUAAUUGGCGUCGACGACAAGGUCACGCUGAUUGACUUUGAGCAUUGCAUAGUCGGCGCGAGCAAGGAGGCCAUGCAGGCUGACAUGGAUUCGCUCCCCGAUCAUCUCACGGAAGAAAGUGGCCGGGGCGGUGGCUUCAGGACAGUGUAG